CAUCGCUGGAGUGCGCUGUCCUCUGUACAGAGUGAAUCGAGAGGACGUGUUGAUGACGUUUGCAAUAUCCAUUUUGUACAUUAUUCGCAUUUGUUGUCGAUUCGGUCGGACUACUGGGUUAUAAACACGUAUUUUUUUUUACAGUUAGCCUUCCAAGGCUAAAUAAGAAGGCAUCCUGGAAGAAGCGGGUGAACCGAAGAUCCCUACGCAGCAUGGAUUCUAUGUAACUCCGGCAAAAUGUAAUGAGGAGAUGACUCCGGGAGAGAAAGAUCAACAGGGUACCAACCGUAUAGUGUUGGUCAAGAAAAUUAUCAUGAAAGAUGGGUCCACGCCGGGCCAUGGCAUUGGCAGACCCAGUGUCUCCCAUGCUGUUGUGGUCAUCUUCCUGGAGUUCUUUGCCUGGGGUCUCCUCACCACUCCCAUGCUGACAGUUUUACAUGAAACGUUUCCACAGCACACAUUUCUGAUGAAUGGCCUUAUUCAAGGUGUGAAGGGCCUCCUGUCCUUCAUGAGCGCCCCUCUGAUUGGUGCCCUGUCAGAUGUGUGGGGCAGGCGGUCCUUCCUAUUGGUCACUGUGUUCUUCACCUGUGCCCCCAUCCCGCUCAUGAGACUCAGUCCCUGGUGGUACUUUGCAGCGAUUUCCAUGUCAGGGGCUUUCUCUGUCACCUUCUCUGUCAUCUUUGCUUAUGUCUCUGAUGUCACUGAGGAGCAUGAAAGAAGCACAGCAUACGGACUGGUGUCGGCUACGUUUGCAGCCAGCCUGGUGACGAGUCCAGCCAUCGGGGCGUACCUGUCCGCGUGUUACGGUGACAACCUGGUGGUGUUGGUGGCUACGCUGGUGGCUCUGGCAGACAUCUGCUUCAUCCUGCUGGCCGUGCCUGAGUCCCUACCGGAGAAGAUGAGACUCAACACCUGGGGAGCACCUAUCACCUGGGAGCAGGCAGACCCCUUCCAGUCGAUGAGGAAAGUGGGAAAGGAUCCCACAGUUCUUCUCAUCUGUAUAACCGUGUUCCUGUCCUACCUACCUGAGGCUGGUCAAUACUCCAGUUUCUUCCUAUAUCUUAGACAGGUCAUUAACUUUUCAUCGGCAACAAUCGCAGUGUUCAUCGGGGUGGUUGGAAUCCUCUCCAUCAUAGCCCAGACACUUAUUCUCACAGUCUUGAUGAGAACUAUUGGAAACAAGAACACGGUCCUUCUGGGACUGGGCUUCCAGAUUCUACAGCUGGCCUGGUACGGCUUCGGGUCAGAACCAUGGAUGAUGUGGGCUGCAGGUGCAGUAGCAGCCAUGUCUAGUAUCACCUUUCCUGCAGUGAGUGCCCUGGUGUCUCGCAGUGCAGACCCAGAUAAGCAAGGUCUGGUUCAGGGGAUGAUCACUGGUAUCCGAGGCCUGUGUAACGGUCUGGGCCCGGCGCUGUACGGACUUAUCUUCUUCAUGUUUAACGUAGAGCUGAACACAAUCGAUCCCAUCCAGGGAGAGUACCCCAUCGACCCUUUACCUGUUAACCCCCCGACUGAGAAAUCCUUGAUCCCCGGCCCUCCCUUCCUGCUGGGCUCAUGCACGGUGGUGGUGGCCUUCCUGGUAGCCUUGUUUAUCCCUGAGAACACCGAACCUCCUGUGGUGACCUGCGCUGACGCCAAGGAUACCUCCAUGCUAGCCGGCGUCCACAUCAACACCCCGUUACCGGGCAGCGACGAGGACACGCCAGCCCCGACCAGCGACGAGGACUUUGAGCCCCUCCUGCAGGACAGCGUUGUGUGACUGAGGGAGGGCAGCAGGCCCCUCCUGCAGGACAGCGUUGUAUGACUGAGGGAGGGCAGCAGGCCCCUCCUGCAGGACAGCGUUGUGUGACUGAGGGAGGGCAGCAGGUGGCUCCUGUAGGACAGCAUUGUAUGACUGAGGGAGGGCAGCAGGUGGCUCCUGCAGGACAGCAUUGUAUGACUGAGGGAGGGCAGCAGGUCCCUCCUACAGGACAGCGUUGUAUGACUGAGGGAGGAUGGAGGGCAGCAGGCGGCUUUGGUAUUAUUACACCCAUCUACGGGUACCACGCCCCCCAUGUAGCCUACAUAUCCCCAACGGAGGAGAGGGAGAGAGGCCUAGCUAACAAACCUCAAUAUUCUGUGCAACUCUGCACUGCACAACCAACCAGUCCCCGCCCCUGUCCCAUAAAAAAUAGUUUUUAUUUGUAUUUUUUAGCUGGAUUGGAUUUGCUGUUUAUGAUGUAGUGAUCUUCCAGGGGAUGCUUUUUUGGGGGGGGGGGUUCACCUCUAGGACCUCUAAGUUUUAAUUCUGAAGGGAGCGACAGCGAAGAUGGCGGACCCAGCGGGCAAAAGUGGUUACUGGUUGGUAUCUGGUGCCAUUUCAACCAGGUUUGCCGGCUGGGUAGAUUGAGUUGUUCAAUAGAGGUAGAAGGGGAAGAGCUUGCUGUGCCCGGCAUCUUAUUGCUUUAACGCAUCUUCAAGCUCAGCAUUUACUGUAGCCCACACCUAAUGGUACCUCAACACAAGGAGGCUUGAACCGAGUCAGUGAAAUGCAAGGAGAUAUGUGCCAGUAGUCAGUCAACAAAAUAUUUACUUAGAAAGCUUGUUCACUAUGAGCAGCCAUAAGAUUACGACAUUAUAAAAUGGAUGAGAUGUAUACGAUAUUUCAUGGGAGCUUCUGUUCACAAGCCUUACAGCAACUUAUAUCAUUCAGAGAGCAGUUAUCAUAUCAUUGUCUUAUAACUGGUGGGUAAACAUGGGAGAUUAGGAUGAUAGGAUAUUUGACAUAGGAAGAUAAGAUCUUGGUGUCAUUUUUACUCCCUCUCUCAACUUCUCACUUUAUUGUGCAGAGUUUUGGUACUUGAACCACUGGUCCUAGAGUAACUGCUAAAAGUGUUUCUGUAUAGUGAGAACUAUUUAAGACAGACUGGAUGUGGCCUCCUGUCAGUAGGAGGCAGUGCUGAGGUGUGGAUGAUGCCAUUAGGUUAUGGUUGUCAUGGUUUUAUGCAGUGCUCUGCAGUUUCUGUUCAGUCUGUGUAAUCUUGAUUGCUACUGUACUAAAACGGGUUUUUAUCUUAAAAUAUAUGAGCUAUUUUAUUUAUAUUAUCCAUACUGUAAAAGUGACAUUGCUAACGUUCUGCAACAUAUUGACAGAAAUGUCUAGGCUACUCUGGUAGUAAUAAUAAUGUAUUUAACUUAGAGAGAAACACGUUUUUACUGGUUUUCUUUUUGUCAUCUUUGGGAGAAUUUUUUAAAAUCUUUUUUUUUUUUUUUUUAAGUAUAACCUUACCCUGAAAUAUAUGAUGGGGGGGGGGGGGGGGUGACAAAAUCAUGACUUUCAAUCCUUGUUGAUUUUCUUUCACUAAAUAUGUCCCAGUGUUGCAAGCUACCUCAGCUUUAAAAAUUACUUAUUUUGAAGUCUGAUUUUAACGCAAAACUAUCGUUAUCUCAAAUAGUUUUCACCUCCCAAGAGUAAAACUUCACAAACCCGGGGAUUAUAAAAUGUAAAUUAAGAGAAAGCAAUUUGACCUGAUCAAAUCCAUUAGGGGCACAUUUUUAUUGUACAUAAUGAUUAUUUUCUGUGAGGUUGUCACAAUGUGUAAAUGUUCAUAUUUUAUAUGUACAUACUGUAUUGAAUUAAAGGUAUUAGCCUGUAUACCUACAGGUUAGGCUUUUAAAACGAAUAUUUACCCCCAAUGAACAACAACACCAAGUUGUUUUCCCUAAUGUGAAUGAGGAAGUAGUUUGUCUAGACCUACCUACAGCUGUAUGUAAAGGUACUCAAUACCGUGUCAAGUUGAGUAUGUACUGAAGGAGAUUCCUGUUUGGGUGCAUAAUGCAUGAAUAGUGACUAGCUGUCCAUGGAUCUUUUUAAGAGUAGAGUAUUAGAAAGCUCACAAAAUGUGUUGUACCUGGAUGUGAACUUUUAAAAGUAUUUAUAUUCCCCAAAAAGUGGCUAUGGGGACAGAAAGACACAGCUGCACAUGUCUUCCUGUCUGUCUCUGAAAUGAAAUGAUAAACAAUAUAUUAGGUAUACAGUUGAUUGGUUGUGCUCAGACAGAGAUUGUGAGUGCUUCUGCUUUCCCCUGAUGGUUUGCCAGUCUUUUCCUUGUUCUCUAAGGUACAUGUACACAGGUUCCUAUCAGCGAGGGAAAUGAUUGAAGUGAGCAGGAGAAGGUAAAGCUUCCUAUCUGUCACCUCCAACCCCAAUCCUGUUGUGAAGUAUUUUGACCAAGAAUCCAUAAAUUGAUGUCAGAAGGUCAACAGCUACUUUCAGUCAGUGACUGUUGUUGAAUUUCCUCCAGUGUUAUAUUGUACCCGCCUGUAAGAGUAAAAAGGAAUUAUUAGUAUUAUGAAUUCUAUGAUGAAGACUAUUGUAUAUGUUAUGGAAAAGUAUUUCGGAAUGGUUACAAUUCAUAUCUCUAGGACUGCUAUAUUUUGGGAACAUGUUUAGAACUUCGUUGCCCUGAAAUGCAACUCAUUAAGUAUUUUUCUAAUUUUGUGUAACAUGAUGAUGACUUUGUUGUCAUAGUUACACAUCAACUUCAGAGUUUUGUUUGUAUGAUGAGGAUUUAUAACUGAGACAACACAUUCCACCAUGUGCUCUUUAUGUCUGUAUAUUCACCCAGCAUCUCUGAGAGGAUUAUUAUACAAACGUGCCUAACAAGUGAACAUGUUCAUUUCUGAAGAUAAGACAAAUGACUAUAGCUUUGUCUCAAACUGGCACCCUAUUCCCUUAUUAAUGCACUCAUUUUGACCAGGGCCUGUUGACCAGGGCCCUAUCGGGUUUUGGUCAAAACUAUUGCACUAUAUAGAGAAUAGGGUGCCAUUUGGGAUGCGGACUAACAGUGUCCAUGAAGUGGAAGUUAUUGCUCAUGAUAACCCAAACAAAUGAAAUAUACACGGGCUAUGUAUA